AUGGAAACUCUUGCGCCCACCACAACGGGUGUCCUUACCCUCAACCCAUCCUGUCUCGCGACGACCAACCUAUGGGUGGAUGAACUUUGCACACGUCCCGCUUAUGGUGAUGGACGAUGCACUCGUUACAAUCUAGGCAUAGGCGAGGGUUGCUCCAUGAGGGCUGCUGGCGCCACUGGCCAUGAUGAAAGAAUUGCUUUCAGUGACUGCCCGGUUGGCAUGACCCCAGCCUGGUCGUUCACUGGAACAGAGUUGCAAGAUGUUUCCCUCGCCACCAGCUACUGCUGCCCGACCGGUUUUGACUUUUCUGUCUCAACCACCUCAUGGCCAGGCUCAGGGACCUUGCGAGCUACUUGCAUUGCCGAGUCGAUUGAGCGGCUUUCGGGUCAAACGCUCACUCUGAACCAGAAUACAUAUCGGGUAGAGACGUCUGGGAGAUCCACCAUCACCAUUCGUGCCACGACCACGACCGCGGCAUACGACUAUGACCAAGACAAGAUAUUUGCCCAAGCAGCAACCAUCUGGAAAUACAUCUACCCCGGUGCUGAGACGACAUCAACAUGCUAUGGCAUUGCUUGCAACCCAAGCAACCCCCUCCCACAACCCCCUGAGAAAACACCCCCUCCCUCCACCUUCACCUACACACCCCCUCCCCCCUUCCCAGCAACCCAAUUCACCCCCGACCCGUCCUGCCUCGCCGAGUCCAACUUCUGGCAAGUCUCAACCUACUGCUGGAUGUCCUGGCCCAACCCCUCCCCCGACUGGCUCCGCUGCACCCACACCGGCUUCGGCGAACCAAACACCUACCUCCACCCAGAAUGCUUCCCCUCCGCCACCGUAGCCCCCCAAUCCGCCGAGAACCCCGACAUCCAAACCUGGUACUCGGAGUGCCCGGUCGGCUACUCCGUCGCAAAAACCUUCACCUCGGGCCGCUUCGACCUCCCAACCUUCGUCUUCAGCGAGCCCUCACCCACCAAAACCUACGACGUAACCGCCACGGGCCUAGCCUGCUGCCCCUCGGGUAAAUACCACUUCGAGUACCGCCGCAUCGAAACCUCCAUCACCUCUCACAACGGGAGGCGCGAGACCGUCUCCCUCUACAUCAUGCCCUCCUGCAUCGCCACCCGCGUCUCGGCUCUCUCGGGGAAGGGGAUAGCAAUGAAGGAGUGGUACAACACAGCCGUCUACGACAAGAAGCGAGACUUGGGGGAGCGGCAGGCCAACCACGACGCAGAAGCUACCAUCACCGAUGCGUGGAACAUGGAUAAUACCUUGUAUGCACAGGCGAUUCAUCUCGGCUACACCGUCUUUCGCGAUCAGUACACGUGCUACACCAACUGCGACGAGUAUUUUUACAAUUCCUUCAGGGAUGUCGUGCCAAAUACGUACAAGACUUGGAGCCCGCCAACGACGACGACUACUUCGACGAGUACUUCUAAUGGUUCGUCGUCUACUGGAGACGGUGGCGGUGAUAAUGGUGAUGGUGAGGGAGGGAAUGGGGAGGAGGUGGUGUCUACCAGCUCGACAGCUGGUGCUGCUGAGCAAGUGGGACGGUCGGGGAGUAUUAUCAUUACUUUGGUGACUGUGGUGACGGUAGUUAUGGGGUUGGGUGCUUGAAGAUGUGUGUAUGGGAGUGUGAUAUGGGAUAUGAUGAUACCCAGUGUGUAUAUGAUGGAUGAUGUAAUUACGAUGGAGGUUAUGUUGAUGUGGGCUUAUUUUGAGCCUUUACAGUUCCAAGAAACAUCUUGUACGGCAACAGUGGGCAUCGAAAAGAAUUCAGUCCCGUUCUUCACAA